AACAUCUCUCGCAAGGAAUGUUCAGUCGCUCGCUCAGUAUUGAAAAUUCGUACGAGUUGCGCAGGGUUGCGAGUACAGUUAUGAGACAUUUAUAAUUAUCAAAUAAGGUAUCUUGAUAAAUUAUAAUUCGAAAUUGUGAAGUGAAUAGAUUACGAUCAUAGAAAUUAUCACCAACAUUGAAUGGGAUAAACGCAAGAGACUGCGUUGUUUCGCGUCUCGGGUCAAAAAAAAGCCACGGAGCGUUCGAUUUGCACCACCGAUGGCAGAUCACGACAAUAUUUACGACGACGAGCGUUAGUAAAGACCUUUGUGAUAGGAGCUAGUUUCAACGAAUCCAAAUCAAAGGAAUUGGCGUGGGAUUUUAAUAGCAUUGCUCGUGAUCGUCGCGGUCCUAGCUCUUAUUGUCACAUCUGUAGCUUUGCUCACACCUCCUGAUGAUGGCCCUAGAGUACGAGGGACACGAUUACGUCUUUCUGAAGUGCUCUCUGGUGAAUUGUCUCCUUUAUUGUUUAAUGGAUCUUGGGCGAGUAACCGCCAUAUAUGUUAUCGAGAUAUUUGGGGUGGUAUUUCUUUGUUAGAUGUUUCGAACAUGAUAUCGCGUAGUUUAAUGCCAAACGAGACAUUCAGACGAUUGAAUCCAGUGACAUUCUCUUUAUCGCCGGAUCAUCGGUUCUUGCUUCUUGCUCAAAAUGUAAAAAAACUAUUUCACCAUUCAUAUUUAGCACAAUAUGUCGUUUAUGAUCUCAAUACACGAGAGUGCAUAGUGUUAACACCUUAUCCUGAGAAAGACAGUCAUCCGUAUCUUCUAUUAGCACAAUGGACUCCACGUGGACAUGGACUUGUCAUGGUACAGGACUACGAUAUUUAUUACAUAACAAGUCCCAUUAGUAAUACUGCGUAUCGUGUAACGAAUACUGCAGUGCCCGGUAUAUUGUCCAAUGGCGUACCAGAUUGGUUGUAUGAAGAGGAAAUAUUGCGUUGUGGAAAGGCAAUCUGGAUGUCGCCAGAUGGUCACAUGAUGCUUUAUGCCUCAUUUAAUGAUUCUAACGUAGAAGAGAUGCAUAUUUCAUGGUUUGGAGAGGGAAACAAAGCCUUAUACCCUGAUAUACGAUCUCUACGAUAUCCUAAGCCAGGAACACCAAAUCCUUCUAUACAAUUGUACGUUGCCGAUUUAGCUGAUGCGAAAAAUAUUCGUACGAGGAUAGUGAAGCCACCACCAAUUAUCGAGCAUACGGACCAUUAUUUCUCAACUGCUUCUUGGAUAUCGCUCACGGAAGUUUGCAUAACAUGGUUGACGCGUGCUCAAAAUUUUUCAGUAAUUACCAUCUGUAAAAGUCCAAUGUGGCACUGUCAGGAAAUACAAAGGAUAUCGGGCGAGAAUCGUGGAUGGGUGGACACUCCACCUGAAGCUCCUCUCUUUUCAACGAAUAGUACCAGUUACAUUGCAAUAAGUCCCGUGAAAGAUGGACCGGCGGGAUAUUAUAAGCACAUAAUUUGGGCUAAUGUGCUUCGAAAACAAGUAGUGCCUUUGACGCAUGGAAAGUUUGAAGUCGAUAGACUUUUAGCAUGGGACCAAGCGAAUAAUACUAUAUAUUUCAUCGGUAUACCGUAUAUGAGACCGGGUCAGAGACACCUCUAUCGUGUAAGCUCCACUCUUCCACAAACGGGAUCGCCUUUGCGUCCUGCCAUAUGCCUCACAUGCACGAUCUCAUCUGACAUGACAAACAGUGAUGAAAGCGAGUAUCGGACUAGUUCUUCAAAUUGGCAAACUGGUCUUACGAAUCGAAAUGAAUGGCAUGACCACUAUAAAAUUUCAACUGACAAUAUCAAUAGCAAGGAACACCGUCAAGCAAAAGAUAUUACCAAAAAAGACAAGUUAAAAAAGAGGAAUGCUUUAAAAAGCGGUGAUCCACCUUGUCAAUAUCACCACGCGAUCUUCCCGCCCGCGGAUUUUAAAUAUUUCGUUCUCGAGUGCCUUGGACCUGGUAUACCCACCGUGGGUCUUUACAAAAUGGAAUUGGGAAUCCCGCGACUCAUUGCAACAUUGCAGAAUAACACGUUGUUGCGCGAAAAAAUAGGAAACAUCGCACUUCCGCAAGUAAAAACCUUCCCUGUACAGAUAAGUGGCGGCUACAACGCUCAGGUGAGAUUGCAUCUUCCACCCGGGUUAAGAGAAGAUGAAAUUACGCGUUACCCGUUGGUUGUUCAAGUAUAUGGUGCUCCUGGAUCCCAAUUAGUCACUGAGAAGUUUGAAGUAGACUGGAACACAUACUUGGCUAGUCGGAGGAAUAUUAUUGUCGCACAGAUCGAUGGCAGAGGAAGCGGAGGACAAGGUUAUAAAUUGCUUCAUGAAGUUUAUUAUAGAUUAGGUUCCGUAGAAGUGGCUGAUCAACUCGAAGUUACAGAAUACUUAAGGGACUCACUGCAUUUCGUGGAUAAACGAAGAGUCGCCGUAUGGGGAUGGAGCUAUGGUGGUUUCGUUGCUGCUCUUGUCCUAGCUCAUCCGGAACAAAAGGUGUUCCAGUGUGGAAUAAGCGUUGCGCCUAUUGUUUCAUGGCAACUUUACGAUUCUGCGUAUGCCGAGAGGUACAUGGGAUUACCGAACGUGACAUCUAAUUACAAAGGUUACACCGAAUCUAAUGUUUAUGACAAAGUAAAGUAUCUUCGUGAUAAGAUGUUUUACUUGAUACACGGAACUGCGGAUGAUAAUGUUCAAUUCCAACACUCCAUGGCACUUGCUCAUUAUCUUGCUAAAGAAGGCAUACUUUUUCGACAACAGGUUUAUCCGGAUGUGAGCCAUGGUUUGGUGGGCGUAAGAGGACAUUUGUAUCUCUCCAUGGGACAGUUCUUGGAAGACUGUUUUCAAAAACAAGUACCUGCCGACACGAAAGCUGGACUUGGCAGUGGCGGUUCUGGUGGCAUGUACUAAUAUUAAGAGAUAGUGAUUACGUAAAGUAUUGCGUAAAGAUAUCUACAAGUUGUUUAAAAUUGUAUAAAAAGGGAGAAAGAGAAAAAAGAAAAUUGUAAAGAUCUAAACAUCUCCAAAUUGUGUUCCGUCAAAUAGAAUAUUUAAAGAUAUAUGCAUGGCCCGUUUUGUACUCCAAUACUCGAAAUUAUGAGGUACAAUGAGACGUAUGUAAAAUCAUCCGUGCAUGAUUUACAAUGCGUUUACAUUGAUUAAAAAAGCACAUGCCGAUCAUUCUAAUCAAAUAAAUUGUCUAUGAGAUAUGUAAA